CAGCAGCAGGAGCAGCAGCAGCAGGAGCAGCUGCAGCAGGUGCUGCAGCUGCUACAGGAAGUGCAGGAGCAGCAGGAGCAGCAGCUGACGCAUCGGUUCGAGCAGCUGCAGCUAAUGCAACAGGAGCAUCUGGAGCAGUCGCAGCAGUUCGAGGACCUUCAGGAGCUGCGGCGGCAAGUGCGUCAACUCCAGCGGCAGGUGCGGGAGGCCGGGGCGCAGCUGCAGACCUCCCAGCGGCUGCUGCGGCUGCGUGCGGAGCGGCUGCAGGAGGCGUUCGACACCCGAGGGGACGUGUUGCUGGCGGAGUUCGAAGCCUCCAUCCCGGACUUUGUGAGCGGCGCGGAGCGGCUGGCGAAGCGAGUGGAGCCGCGCCGGCUGGUCAUGACCAUGGCCUGGAAGGUUUUCAACGGAGCGCCCCUGAGCUGGGACGGCGUCCUGUCCGCGGUGGUGUACUGCGCGCUGCUCGUCAAGAGUCUCGGGGCCUGCGGGCGGCUGGGAGACUCGGAGAAGACGCGGCCCCUGACGGACCUGGUGGCCGCUGUGCUGCUGGCCGAACGCAGGAGCUGGCUCGUGGAACACGGAGGCUGGGAGGGCUUCCUGCGAGCGCUCGAGCCGGGGACGCCCACCUAGGAGAGGAGCCGCAGACGUCGAGCUGCGACGGGCAGCGGCAGUGGAGACGUCGUAGAGAGAGGAGAGAGUGAGGAGAGAGAGUGAGGAGAGAGUGAGGA